AUGUGUUGGAUCACGUGGUCUGGUAACGUAAAGGGAACAAGAAAAAGAAAAGACGCGCCACAAGUGAGGAGCGUUGUAACAGAGGCGGCCCUUGGGUGCAUUCGGGAUGCUGUACACUUGCCGCCUGUCGUUCGUGUUGCAGCACAUGCCGCACUUCUCCUGUCGAACAAGUACUAUGCCCUCACAGAUGAAUGUGAGGCAUACCGUAUUUCUAUAGUGAUGUGCCCGGACAAGAAACUUGACUAUUUCAUGAAGCGCGGUUGGAGUCCGGAAGACGUUGAAGAUGCAAAGAAGCUUGUAAUCAAGCGUUGGGAGGAGACUUACAAGCCCUCAUUGGGAGUUACCAUUAGCGUUGCUCCUGCACUGGUCGCAAUGCGUGGUAGUGAAUGGCUGACACCAGCCGUCGUUGAGCCAGUCAGACCAAUUGACAGUAUCUACACUUACCUCGAAGAUCCAGUGCUGUCGGCCUCUGCUAUUCAACUCAUUGGUGGUGUCAUGGAGUACUGGUACAAUGCAGAACAAUGCACCCCGCAUCUUGCUGCUAUGGGUUCCGACUUCUGCUCAGCACCCACUUCAUCAACUGAUGCAGAACGAGCAUUCUCCGAUGGUCGUCGUGAGGUCAACUUCAUGCAGCACAAUACAUUGUCACAAACCUUCAAGGCCUCGAUGGCGGUGGGUUCAUGGGAUGGCACUCCCCUUCUUCCAGACUUCCCAGAACUCACGCAAUUGAUGAGGGCGAAGCUCAGAGGUGACGCAGGACUAUCUAAUUAG